GCUCAGUCUCCCUUUGACAUUUCACUCCUUAUUACUCCACGCUCGUCUCCUCCUCCUCCUCCUCGCGUAGAAUGUAGAAUAGGCCAAAUGCAACGCAGAUGAUCUCAAUAACAGAUCGAAAACAGGCUCCCUCCGUGUCAAUAAUAGAAUAGAAAGUAAUCCCACUACUACUCUUUUACCUGACUUAUUUAGAGACACACUUUCUCUCCCAUCGGAAUAGAAGAUAAACAGUAAAUUCCUGACUUCUCUCCUAAUUUUAAUUAUAUUUCUACAAAAGUCGACCACAUGUUUUAUAAAAACAACAACGAAAAGCUAAACAGUAAAGUGAAAGCAAAUAAGAGAAAGGUAAACGAAAAAAGAAGAUCGGACUGGACAAAAUAUCAACACUUCUACGGCGCAUUUGCCAACAUUGAAUCUCCUCUCCUGCUGCAAAACAACUUUCUCUUCUCGGCAGCAGCACUUUCACCCACCAAACCACCAACUGUUGUUUGUUGGCAUCAUAAAGUAGCCGUAAUCGUGAAUGAGUCGUGGUGGUGGUAGUGAUGAGAGAUACAUUCGCAUUAUACGUCAUAGUCACGAUAUUUGGCACAGCACACGGACGGACGGAGAGACAAGCCGACAGGUAGUUUUUGUAGGGACAUAAUAUAGAGAAAGCAAGUAGUGGUGGUGAUAGUUGGUGCUCAGAUGGUGAUCUUCUCCUCAUACAAUCAAAUCAAACAUCAAAAAGUCUGUGUCUUGCCAAAACGUCUUUUCAUUAAUGUGAAAGUGAAAGUCUGCAAAAAGAAAAGAUCAGAAGAAAGUCUGCAAAAAGUUUGCGAAAUCAAUCCGUUGUAAAUUUAUAUUUUUCUAUUAAUCCUAUCUUUUUCCUAAAGGAUAACUUGCUUGUAGGUCAAUUUGUAAUGAUGCCGAACUAAAAAACAAAUUUAAACUGUAGCUUAAUUGAUUGAGAAUUGAUAAGGAGGCGGUUUAAUAAAUAACAAUGUAACGACUAACCAAAACCUAACUAACUUAUCUACUAACCCACUAACACAAGUUUAUUUAGAGGAGAAAGUUAUAUUCCAAGUUGCACGAACGUAGUUGGUCGUGGUCGUGGUUAAGUUUUGAAGCACGGUUCGUCCCACAGUCCAUGAAAUUUUUCGAUGUAUGGCAAAACUCGUUUGUUCCGUUGCUUGCUGGCAUUCCACUGCUUAUCUUGCUCUUGUUUGCCUGCUGCACUUGCGUAGACAAAGUGAUUAGAAGGAGUUGGAUUCACUACCGGUGUAAACCUCGGACCCCUCGCAGGGUGCGGUUCGAUUGUGAAAACCCUCACAACGGUGGUCACGGGUCACACCAACGAUUAACUCGAAGCGGCACCUCACCUCAGUUAUCCGGACUCAUGGCGCACUCCACUUAUCUCCAAAGAAACUCGAACUACCGCUUUCACAACAGCGUCGUACACACGGACCGAUUCGCAGCUCCGAUUCAAGUCCGGACCAUGUUGGAAAGAGAAAGCGUACCUGCAAUGAUGGAGAGAGACCCAGCGUCCUUACCUCCGUCACACCCACAGCACACUUUCGUUUACCACUCGAAUAGACGCUCAUCCACCCCGACACCGACUGGACCACCAAACUCGUAUUAUUCCAGUGUAAAACCUAAAAGUCCUAUCCCACUGGAAACCACUGCUGCGAAUAGUGUGACGAAUCACUUAGACGUACGACAACGUCGCUACAGCACGCCAAAUUCACCCACGAUGUAUGCUUAUCCUCCUACCAGUCCUAAAAGAGACGACAGCAAUUAUUCGUCGAUAAGCUAUCUGCCCGAAGUCAGGGCUUAUCUGCAAUUUAUGGAGUUGGACUCGUCAGCACGUCAAAGAAGUUACAGCUUCAGUGGAAGGAACACUUCACGUAGCUCGUCGCGUCGAUCGUCACGACGGUCAACGCGUCACCGACCACGUUCCCGAAGCCCGAGUCCUUACGCGCUGGAACGGACCGCCAUGGUUUCUGCCGACGAAAUGUCAAACUAUUCAAGUCCGAGUAGUUACGGGCAGCAGUACCUGACCCCGCAAGGGUCCUCGGACCAGGGCUCGUUCAAGUCGCCUGAAUCAGGAACACCCGACUGGUUGGAAGGGGACGACCUGGAACAUCCACCUUCAUAUGAAGAUUGUCUCACCAGCUUGUCGAGGUCAAGCUCCAUCAAGACGUCGUUUAUCUGAGAUGGGAUGAUAAGCUGACUACGACCGACCUACCGAGUUACUUACAGCUCUAAAACGUUCAACUAUACAUAAGUAUUACUUAACUACGGGUAUUAUUUUGUCUCGAUAUUAGUAUCACCCCGAGUAGAAAUAAGUGUGUCGAAUUCUGCAGUAAUCGGAAAAGCUUAAUGCAUAGUGUGUUCUGCAUAAUUAUUUUGAGUAAUCUUGCACAAAAUUUCUAUCCGUUUUAUUUUGCGGAACUGUUUGUACAUAAUUCUGCAUAUUUUUUUUUACAGAAAUCGUUCUUUCAAAGGUUUUUCUGAAAAUAAUUAGGCAUCGAAGAAAAUCAGGCCCUGCAGAAAAUCUGACCCUGUAAAAAAUAGGGCCCUACAGGAAAUCGGGCCCUGCAGAAAAUCUGGCCAACUUUCUUCCGAAAACCCGUUCAAAUUUUUACUCGGGAUCACCCCCUUCUAAUUUUCUUUAUUAAUGUCGACAUAAUCUUGCAACAAAUUAAUUAAUCAAGUAUAAAUGCUGAAUCGUGAUAAAUAUCCAAAAAAUACGAAUAUGCUUUCAAUGUGCUAACCUAUCUAGAUUUAGUAAAAACAAUGUAUUCCCAUCAAGCCAAACGCUGCUAAUUGCGCCGCUAAAUUAUGUGAUUUCGAAUGAAUUUAAAACAAGAUACAUGUACCACAAACUUUUCAACUUUCUCCAAUCCAAUCUGAAUGUAACCGUCACAGUCUCGUACAAGAAUUUUACUCUUACGUAUAAAAUACAAGUAAAAACAACAAUCUUGCCACAAAAAUGUAUCAAUCAUCAAUGCUAAAAAUCAAUCAGAAACAAUCCGCUGUGCUGUCCAUUUUCAAAUUCAAAUUAUCUAUUUAUUUAUGUGUUGUGAAAACCAUUUACAAAAUUUUGUAUGUAUGCAGAAAAAAAUAUUUAUUCUUGAAAACAAAGAGCUUUAAAUAUUAAUUAAUUACCAAUCAAUCAAUCAUUAACUACUGCUUUUCAAAAUUGCUUAAAUGAGAUUUCUCGCAGGGUAUUUAUUGAAAAUUGUCAAUUUACGAAGCUGUCCAUGAAUGAAACAAUCUGAAAAAAAAACUUUUCUCUAAAAUGCUGCUGCUCUUUCAGCCAAGAAUAUUUUUUUCGAGUAGGGAAAUAAGAUAAAAGAAAAAUAUUAAUUUUAAAUAAUUAAUAUAUAAAUUGAUAAAUAAGCCAAAUUUUAAAAUUCAAUGGAAAAAUAUAUACAAAUAUUUACGCACUUGCAAAUGAAAUUUUACUGUUAAAAAAAUUGGGAGCAUAGUCCUAAUCUUCCUAAGUUAAGUUUUUUUGUAAAAAAAACUAUGCCAGAUAACCUCUCACAUUUUUUUGUUCCCAUUUUUUAACAAACCUUUAGCAACGCUUGUUACAGAAUAUAACAUGUUAAAUAUAUUUAUCUUUCAUCCUUAAAUUUCUGCAUGGCUCUACAUACCUUAAUUUAUUAUAUAUCCCACACGACAAAGGGAAAACUAACCCCGGCCAGAUAACCUUUCAGAUUUUUUCCUACUAUUUUUUAACAAACUAACAUUUACCCAACUUGUUAGACAAUGUUAAAUGUUAACUAACUAAAAUGUUAUCUAUUUAUCUUAAAUUUCUGCACAGCUUUACCUUCAUUUAUUAAGUAUCCCACGCUACAAAGGGAAAACUAACUUCGGCCAGAUAACCUGUCAUAUUUUUUGCCUCUAUUUUUUAACAACCAUUCUUUACCGAACUUGUAAAUGCUAACUCUUUACUUUUCAUCCUUUACUUAUUAAAGCAUCCUAGACUACAAAGGUAAAACUACUUAGAACCUGAUAAUUGCAAUAUAAUGAAAACGUUUAACUUUCACUAUUACGUCUGCUCCAUUUCACUCAAAGAGAGAGAAAGUCCUUCAUCUUUCACAAACUCCUUUGUGGAACCUACCUGUUGCAAUACGAAGUGUGUUACUUAUUAUGACGUGCUCUAUAUGUACAUAAGUAUGUAUGUAAAGUAGUAAAAAACUGCGUUGUUCGAAUAAGUGGAAACACGAUUAUGCAAAUUGAAACAACUGGUUGUGCCACAUACAAAAAAAUACGUAGUUGUAACGAACGAAUAAAAAAGGUACCUGUAGUAAAUAAAUGCUAAAAUUCGUAAAAUAUGUAGCUACAUACAUAGUUUUGUUAGUGUUAAAUCUUAGAAAAUCUGUGUAAUAAUAUGUGCUUACAGACCUUUUAAUGUAGGACUUGAUGAGUUAUCGCCAAAAGAGUUGAAAGCAGCAAAUUUUUGAUCAGUUCUCUGAUCUGGGAAUUUAUUUUAAAAUUCUGAACUACAAAUUUGUAGAGCAGAGAGUUGCAAAUUUUUCAAAAAUAUACACUCCAUAUGUUUUUGAAGGGGGGAGAUCUCCAGGUUAAGAAACCUUCAGAAAAAAUCAGAGCUCAUCGAAACUGUCUUAAAAAACUUAGUCAUUCCAUUAAUCAACUCAUAACAUUAAUAACUACAAAUUUGUCGUUCAGAAUUU